AUGGGAAUGAAGAAUGCGCCUGAAGACUUGAAAGAAGAGAAGCAGAUGCCACUCUCCCUGCUGACCGAAAGCAAAGUGAGACUGGGGCCACUUCUCACAGUCGAACUACACAGUGCUGUCGAUGGCGAGCUCACGCGGAUUGUGUAUGUCCAAUCAUUCAUGAUCGACGACACAGAUCCAGAGGGACGCCCUGAGAUUAGCUUGUGGGAAGUGAGAAGGACUUUUGGUCUACGCGAAGACGCGCCCCUGUUCCACUGGGAAGGAUCGGACUCCAGGCGCUGCUUCUUCAGGAGGAACGUUCUAGGGCCCAGGAUUCUGGAAUUUCCACCGCCUCUUCUUCACUACACACAGAAUCUGAAGACGCCUGGGGGCCUGCCCGUGCUUCCUGUCUGCACUAACUUCACCGGGGGUGUUCAGAUGGAUAGGCGCACUGUUUCGUGGCUGCUCGUAUUGGACGCAACCGCCGUCGGACUCGCGUUCCACCGUCAGAUUGACUUCUGCGCCCCACGUGGCAUGUAUGAGACGAUCAUCCUUCCACUCGCGCUCCUCCUCCUGUGGUGCUACCUCAUCGUCGGAUGCUUUGGCCAUGUGACCGAGUGCGUCAGCAGAAAAGCGAAGCAGUCCCUUGGAAAAGACAAGUACCGUGUGAUCGAGCGGUUGGUCCGAGGAUUCAGGUCUCUGCUCAUCGGCGCUAUCAUGUUGUUCCCGCUCUGGUUGCUAUUUCAGCCUCUCCCUGUGGGAAGCACUUUGUCCACCUCUGACAUCACCAGCACUCCAUCGGCAAUGAACGAAACCGUGUCCUACUACAAAGUUGACUCGGCCGAGUUCCGUAUGGAGAUGUAA